ACUCUCAUUCUUAUUUCAUACCUCACUCAAACGAGCACUCAGCGUGUGUUGAGAAAGAAAAAGGGUAGUAAAUGCUACAAAUUCUGUAGCCUACCAACCCAUGAAAAGAUGCGAAAGAAGAAUAGCGAAGAAAAAGAGAAACCCUCUUCACGAUUUGUAUAAUAAACGAGAAUUUGGGUUUUGUUGGUGGGGGAGAAAAGCAGAGUGAUGGCGAAGAGUGGUGUGUUUGAAGGCGAUCCGGCGAUGGUGGCUAGAGCCCUGGAAUUGAAGAAGGAGUUGCAGAAGUUAGUGAAGGCUGUUGCGGAUGAUGAUGAUGUUAAUUUGGAAGCGGUUGAGAGAGCGCAGAGGAUGCUGUGUGCGUUGAAGGAUUUCAAACUGAAGAAAUCUGUUUCUUUGAACCUUCGUGAUCAUCAUUAUGGUCAGGGAAUGGUUGCUGGCACCGUUCCGGAGGAGUUCAAGUGCCCCCUUUCCAAGGAACUCAUGAGGGAUCCUGUGAUUAUCGCCUCCGGACAGACUUUUGAUAGGCCCUUCAUUCAGAAAUGGUUAAAAGCUGGGAAUCGAACGUGCCCUCGAACCCAACAAGUACUGUCGCAUACGAUUCUCACGCCCAAUCACUUGAUCCGGGAAAUGAUAGCGGAAUGGUGCAAGAAUCACGGGAUCAAAUUGCCAGACUCUGUUCAUUAUAUCAAUGAGGAGGGUUUAACUGAAGCAGAUAGGGAUCAUUUCCUCUCGCUGCUCAAGAAAAUGUCGUCAACGUUGGCCGAUCAAAAGGAAGCUGCAAAAGACCUGCGGCUAUUGACGAAAAGAAUGCCUUCGUUUCGGGCACUUUUCAGUGAAUCUCUCGGUGCCAUACCUCAGUUGCUCUCUCCAUUCUCUCAAAGCAAGUGCAAGAGUGAGCUUCAUCCGGAUCUCCAGGAAGAUUUAAUUACGACACUUUUGAAUCUAUCCAUUCAUGAUAAUAACAAGAAGCUCGUUGCAGAAACACCUAUGGUUAUUCCACUUCUCAUGGAUGCAUUAAGGUCCGGAACUAUUGAAACGAGGAGCAAUGCAGCUGCAGCCCUUUUCACAUUGUCGGCCCUCGACUCAAACAAGGCACUAAUUGGCAAAUCUGGUGCCUUGAAGCCCCUCAUCGACCUAUUGGAAGAAGGGCAUCCUUUAGCGAUGAAAGAUGUUGCUUCGGCAAUAUUUAGUCUAUGCAUCAUUCAUGAAAAUAAGGUGAGAGCCGUAAGAGAUGGAGCGGUGCGAGUGGUAUUGAAAAAGAUCACGAGUAGAGUACAUGUUGACGAGUUAUUAGCCAUCCUCGCAAUGCUCUCAACCAGCCAAAAGGCUAUCGAGGAAAUGGGAGAGCUUGGGGCUGUUCCUUGCUUGUUUAGUAUAAUCCGGGAGACCUCUUGUGCUCGGAACAAGGAAAACUGCAUUGCCAUCCUAUACACUAUAUGUUUUAACGAUCGGUCCAAAUGGAAGGAGAUGAGAGAAGAGGAAAGCACACAUCACACAAUAUCUCAGCUCGCUCAGAACGGCACUUCCCGAGCCAAGAGAAAAGCCAGUGGCAUUCUCGAUAGACUCAACAGGGUUGUCAACCUUACCCACACGGCAUAGCCGUUGGCAACCUUGAGCACGUACUCUGUAAAUCCUACUCCACCUCCCUUUUACUGCCUCACAAAUAGUGAAACUGUCUUUGAUCAUUUCCAAUCUUCCUUGUGCAUAUUCCAUAUCUAAGCAAAGAGUUUGAUCCCAGUAUUUACAGUUACGGUAAAUUCUAUGGUAAAUGUUUUCUUGAAUAUUAUUGGUGAAUAAUUGAUGCACAUGGUCUUGGGUAGGACUGCAUUGUCUAUAAAUAAUAGUCUUUUUUGUCAGUUCAUCGACAUAGCCCGCCCGGCCUCGUUCUUUCCAUGAUGGUUUACUUGUUUGCUAACUCGCAAAAAGUAGGGUUGCUAUGCUGGUCGUAACCUGUCUCGUCCCAUGAUUACCAACUUGUUUUUGCUACUAUGCUUAUCAUAGCUUGUCUUUUUCCAUGAUUGCUAACUCGUAAGAGCUGUUAUACUGGUCGUCGUCCUUGAUCCCUC